GAACCAAAGCUGUCCAUAACGUUCACCUGCACAGUAGAGGCGUGCGAUACGCGUUCUACUCACCAGUUCACGAAGCGGAGUUAUGAGAAAGGCAUUGUCAUUGUGCAAUGUCCGGGGUGCAAAAACCGGCAUCUCAUCGCGGACCAUUUGGGGUGGUUCAAGGAGAGCACAGAGGACGGCAAGCUUAAGACGGUGGAGGACCUGGUGCGCGCGAAGGGCGAGAAGGUGAAGAGAGGCACGGUAGGCGAGGGUGGUGUUGUGGAAUAC